AACAAUCUUAGCCUGAUCAAGUCGGAAGCAAGCAAAGAGGAUGAUGAAUAUAGGGAGACGGUCGCUUGGUAUGAGUCAAAAUCAAGGGACGAGGGUAUCGAUGCGUGUUUGAAGAAGCAUUCUCUGGAUCUAUUGGUCACUCCAUGGUCGGCCUACGUACCUGCCGUCGCCGGUUAUCCCCUUUUGAUCAAGCCCGUCCGCAGGGUACCAGAAGAGCCCUAUGUCUCUGCUCCUGGCUUACCAUUCGGAAUCGCCUUUAUAGGUGGGGCAUGGUCCGAACGCACGUUGAUUGGGUGCGCCUACUCUCUCGAGCAAAAGACCAGAGCGAG